UAUUUCUGAACAGGCAUGUUCCAGGCAGCUCACACGACUCCUUAGAUUACUAUGGCAUCGAUAGGGUCCUGAGCGUCGGGGAAGCCGGAAAGCGUGUCCUGGGGAAAAAGGCUUGGACGCAGAAGAAUAAUUUUACAUCGAGAUCUGCUGGGGAAUUUAUUUAUUUUUGGUCUUGGUUGUACUGAGGGAGGAAGCGGAGGGUGUGUGGGUCAAACCUGAGGCAGCCUGAAGGCCCCCUCAGGCGGCGCCGCGGGCAGCCCCUCAGCCGGGGCCUGGUGCAGCCGCCGCGGCCGCUGUCAGGGAAGCGCAAGCGGCCAAUGGAACCCGGCAGUGGCCGCUGCUGCUGAGGCGGCGGUGUCGGCAGUCCGACCCCGACCGCCCGCACCCCCUCCGCGGGAGUCACCCAGAGUGCAUUAAGUUGCUGAUCACCUGUGCUGAUCUUCCCAUACUUGAUCUAUAACUCCAGAUUCUACAGGUGGGAAGUAUGUUUAUUGGAAAGCCCUUUGAGGAAGAUGACUGGAAAAGAGAACUUGGAAUGAGCUGGGACUUAGGAAUCUAGUUGUGGCCUUGCAUGCCAUGUCUCUUUCUUGGCCUGUGAUAGCAAAGAAGCUUGGAAGCUCGAAGUCUGGCUGUGGCCAUGGGAGACACAGUAGUGGAGCCUGCCCCCUUGAAGCCAACUUCUGAGCCGACUCCUGGCCCAGCAGGGAAUAAUGGGGGAUCCUUGCUAAGUGUCAUCACAGAGGGGGUCGGGGAACUACCAGUGAUUGACCCUGAGGUAGCCCAGAAGGCUUGCCAGGAGGUGCUGGAGAAAGUCAAGCUUUUGCAUGGAGGCGUAGCCAUCUCUAGCAGAGGCUCCCCACUGGAGUUGGUCAAUGGGGAUGGUGUGGACAGUGAGAUCCGUUGCCUAGAUGAUCCACCUGCUCAGAUCAGGGAGGAGGAAGAUGAGAUGGGGGCCACUGUGGCCUCGGGCACAACCAAAGGAACAAGAAGGCAGCGGCAAAAUAACUCAGCUAAACAGUCUUGGCUGCUGAGGCUGUUUGAAUCAAAACUGUUUGACAUCUCCAUGGCCAUUUCAUACCUUUAUAACUCCAAGGAGCCUGGAGUGCAAGCCUACAUCGGCAACCGGCUCUUCUGCUUUCGCGAUGAGGAUGUGGACUUCUAUCUGCCCCAGCUGCUUAACAUGUACAUCCACAUGGAUGAGGAUGUGGGUGAUGCCAUUAAGCCCUACAUAGUCCACCGUUGCCGCCAGAGCAUUAACUUUUCCCUCCAGUGUGCCCUGUUGCUUGGGGCCUACUCUUCAGACAUGCACAUUUCCACUCAACGACACUCCCGUGGGACCAAGCUACGGAAGCUGAUCCUCUCAGAUGAGUUGAAGCCAGCUCACCGAAAGAGGGAGCUGCCUUCCUUGAGCCCAGCCCCUGACACAGGGCUGUCUCCCUCUAAAAGGACUCACCAGCGUUCUAAGUCAGAUGCCACCGCCAGCAUAAGUCUCAGCAGCAACCUGAAACGAACAGCCAGCAACCCUAAAGUGGAGAAUGAGGAUGAGGAGCUCUCCUCCAGCACCGAGAGUAUUGAUAAUUCAUUCAGUUCCCCUAUUCGACUGGCUCCUGAGCGGGAAUUCAUCAAAUCUCUGAUGGCAAUCGGCAAGCGGCUCGCCACGCUCCCCACCAAAGAGCAGAAAACACAGCGGCUCAUCUCAGAGCUCUCCCUGCUCAACCAUAAGCUCCCUGCCCGGGUUUGGCUACCCACUGCUGGCUUUGACCACCACGUGGUCCGCGUACCCCACACACAGGCUGUUGUCCUCAACUCUAAGGACAAGGCUCCCUACCUGAUCUAUGUGGAAGUCCUUGAAUGUGAAAACUUCGAUACCACCAGUGUCCCUGCCCGGAUUCCCGAGAACCGAAUUCGGAGUACACGGUCCGUAGAGAACUUGCCCGAAUGUGGUAUCACCCAUGAGCAGCGGGCUGGCAGCUUCAGCACUGUGCCCAACUAUGACAAUGAUGAUGAGGCCUGGUCGGUGGAUGACAUAGGCGAGCUGCAAGUGGAGCUCCCUGAAGUGCACACCAACAGCUGUGACAACAUCUCUCAGUUCUCCGUGGACAGCAUCACCAGCCAAGAGAGCAAGGAGCCUGUGUUUAUUGCAGCGGGGGACAUCCGACGGCGCCUUUCGGAACAGCUGGCUCACACCCCCACGGCCUUCAAACGAGACCCAGAAGACCCUUCUGCAGUUGCUCUCAAAGAGCCCUGGCAGGAAAAAGUGCGGCGGAUCAGAGAGGGCUCCCCCUAUGGCCAUCUCCCCAAUUGGCGGCUCCUGUCAGUCAUUGUCAAAUGUGGGGAUGACCUUAGGCAAGAGCUGCUGGCCUUCCAGGUGUUAAAGCAACUGCAGUCCAUUUGGGAACAGGAGCGAGUACCCCUCUGGAUCAAGCCAUACAAGAUCCUUGUGAUUUCGGCUGAUAGUGGCAUGAUUGAACCAGUGGUCAAUGCUGUGUCCAUCCACCAGGUGAAGAAACAGUCACAGCUCUCCUUGCUCGAUUACUUCCUACAAGAGCAUGGCAGUUACACCACUGAGGCAUUCCUCAGUGCCCAGCGCAAUUUUGUGCAAAGUUGCGCGGGCUACUGCUUGGUCUGCUACCUGCUGCAAGUCAAGGACAGACACAAUGGGAACAUCCUUUUGGACGCAGAAGGCCACAUCAUCCACAUCGACUUUGGCUUCAUCCUGUCCAGCUCACCCCGAAACCUGGGCUUUGAGACGUCAGCCUUUAAGCUGACCACAGAGUUUGUGGAUGUGAUGGGUGGUCUGGAUGGUGACAUGUUCAACUACUAUAAGAUGCUCAUGCUGCAAGGGCUGAUCGCGGCUCGAAAACACAUGGACAAGGUGGUGCAGAUCGUGGAGAUCAUGCAGCAAGGUUCUCAGCUUCCUUGCUUCCAUGGCUCCAGCACCAUUCGCAACCUCAAAGAGAGGUUCCACAUGAGCAUGACUGAGGAGCAGCUUCAGCUGCUGGUGGAGCAGAUGGUGGAUGGCAGCAUGCGGUCCAUCACCACCAAACUCUAUGACGGCUUCCAGUACCUCACCAACGGCAUCAUGUGAUACCCUCCUUCUCAGGCCCAGGGGUGGUGGGGGAUCCAGGGGACCCUCCUGGAGGGGCCCUUGUCUGAGAAACCCCAAACCAGGAAACCACCUACCCAACCAUCCACACAAGGGAAACAGAAGGCAAGAAAUACAAAGGAUCAUGUGGUAACCGCAAGAGCUUGCCGGGGGGUGGGAGAGCCAGCUAUGGGGUCCAGACUUGCUGGGCCCCCCUGCCCUCAGGCUCUGUGUCAGUAUUACCACCUGACAGACUCCAGGACUCACUGCCCUCCGGAGAACAGAGGUGAUGAAUGUGAAGGACGCCAGGGCCUUCCUUCGCACCAGGAUCUGAGAGGUUCUCCACAGGCCAUCCUCGUCGUCUGUUCUGGGUCCCAGGCAGGUGGGAGAGCAGGUUCUUGGCACUUAGGACUCAAUCCUGUGGUUGGCCUUUGGCCAGGCUGCUGCCCCGCUCUACCCCUCCCAGGAACUGGCCCCAAGCCCAGGUUCCCCCCGAUAGGUGGGCUCUGAACUUGCUGAGGUUCCACACCUCAGGGGCGAGGAAGGGAAUUACCACAACCCCUCCUGUGUAUUGAGGGUACUGGCCUAGCUGUGGGGAAUUCUUUACCCUGCUCCCUUCCCCACACCCAGGGAAAUAGCUCUCAAUUUUUUAUUUUUAAUUUUUGUUUGAAAUAAAGUCCUUAGUUAGCCAUCUG